AUGCGCAGCAUCAUCCAACAAACCGCCUCCUCCAAAGCCCUCACUCUAACAAGCACGCGCCUCCCAAUCCCAAAUCAUGCACAGAAAGAGCACCUAAUACAAGUAAAAGCCUGCAGCCCUUGUGCCGGCGAGCUCCUCUGGCCAAAGAAUUUCCCCCCGCCAACAGCGCGUACUCUAAUCCCAUGCCCAGACAUGGCGGGAAUCGUCGUCUCAGCACCGGAAGAUUCACCCUUCCAGUCAGGCGAUGAAGUGUACGCGCGGACAAACUAUGUCCGACCAGGAAAUGCGUGCGAGUAUUCCAUCGCCGUUACGGACGAGCUGGCACACAAGCCUAAGGGCCUAAGCUGGGUCCAGGCUGCUGCGGUUCCUGUCUCCGCCGAGACAGCUUGGCAGGUUCUCUUUGUUCAUGCCCUUGCUACCGGAGAUGUGGAAGAGAUGGAUUUGGAGGCUGCCAAGCUUGCUUGGGCUGGGAAGAGAGUUCUCGUUACUGCUGCUUCCGGUGGUGUGGGUAUUUGGCUUGUGCAGUUGGCGACUCUGCUAGGUGCGGAGGUGGUUGGGACGUGUGGUUCCGGGAAUGUGGAGCUUGUGAGGUCUCUUGGUGCGAAGGAGGUGCUUGAUUAUCGUGUUGCGGAUUUAAGGGAAUGGGCUACGCAGUCGCCUUCUAAUAAGGUGGAUGUUGUUAUUGAUUGUAUUGGAGGGAAGGCCCUCGGGGAUGCGUGGUGGACUGUCAAGGAUGGUGGUGUUGUGUUGAGUAUCUAUCAGCCGCCCUUGCAGGUCUGUCCAGAGGGGUUUGAGGGUGAAAGUGUGAGAGACUUGUUUUUCGUUAUGCAGCCUGUGAGGAGACAGCUGGAGGAGAUUUCAAAGUUGGUUGAGAAGGGGGUGUGUCGGGGACUGGUAGAUAGUGUCUGGCCUCUUGAGCAGUACGAAGAGGCAUUCAAAAGACUGGAUGGAGGUCAUACAAAGGGGAAGAUAGUCUUUGAUCUGUCGCUGAAUCAUUAG